UCUGUUCUAAAUCUGAACAUUGGACCUCCCAAGAAUUCAAAAGAGGUUAAACCUGCUGAACGUUGUUUUCAUUUCAGGAAGAAAACACCUCCACCCAAUAAUCGCUUCAGAAAUUUGCUCGCUGAAAAGAAAUGGAUUGGACUGAACAGAUUCCAACAUUGCUCCUGCUCAUCCUUACGAUUAUAUUCAUUUUGAAAUGGGGCGGUUUCUGGAAUAGGAGCUCCAAAAAUCUCCCACCAGGUCCUACACCUUUACCACUUGUUGGAAAUCUCCACAUGAUGGAUCUGAAGAGACCUUACAGAACAAUGUUAAAGUUGUCAAAAGAAUAUGGCCCCAUCUUCCACAUCCAAAUGGGAUUCCAGAAAAUGGUGGUGCUGACAGGGUACGAGACAGUCAAGGAGGCCCUGGUGAAUCAGGCGGACGCAUUUGCAGAGAGACCCAUCAUCCCGAUUUUUGAGGAGUUUUCAAGGGGCUUUGGUGUUCUUUUUUCACAUGGUGAAAACUGGAAAGUGAUGAGGCGGUUUGCACUAAGCACAUUACGGGACUAUGGCAUGGGAAAGAGGUCCAUAGAGGACAGAAUUGUGGAAGAAUGCAGUGUCCUGAUUAAGAGAUUUGAAUCUUACCAAGGACAGCCAUUUGAAACCACCACAAUUAUGAAUGCCGCUGUUGCCAAUAUCAUAGUGUCCAUCCUACUAAACAAGCGAUUUGAAUACGAAGAUUCCACAUUUAGAAAACUUCUGAAGUUGGUCAAUGAAAAUAUCCGGCUUUUUGGAAGCCCCUCUGUCAUGCUGUAUAACAUGUUUCCCGCUCUUGGUUCGCUUUUGGGAGCUCGCCAGACUAUUCUUCACAACAGAGAUGAGGUACAUGCCUUCAUAAAUGCCACCUUCAUAAAACACCUCAGAGAUCUGGAUGAAAACGACCAAAGGAGCUUCAUUGAUUCAUUUCUUCUGAGACAGCAAGAGGAGAAGGACAAGCCGAAUGGAUAUUUCCACAAUGAAAACCUAAAAGCCGUUGUGGGUAACUUAUUUGCAGCUGGCAUGGAGACCACAUCUACCACACUGCGCUGGGGACUCUUACUAAUGAUGAAAUAUCCUGAAAUUCAGAAUAAGGUCCAAGAAGAAAUUGCGAAGGUUGUUGGAUCUUCUCAACCAAGGAUUGAGCACCGAACGAAAAUGCCAUAUGUAGAUGCUGUGAUCCAUGAGAUCCAGAGAUUUGCUGACAUUGUCCCAACAAAUAUACCCCAUGCAACCACUGUGGAUGUUACCCUCAAAGGCUACUUCAUUCCAAAGGGGACUCACAUCAUGCCACUACUGACCUCCGUGCUGCACGAUGAAUCUCAGUGGGAAAAACCAUACCAAUUUUAUCCUGAGCACUUUCUUGACUCUGAAGGAAAGUUCAGAAAGAGAGAAGCAUUCCUGCCUUUCUCUGCAGGUCGGAGAGCAUGUUUAGGUGAGACUCUUGCCAAAAUGGAGCUCUUCCUCUUUUUUACAAGCCUCCUGCAGAGAUUCACAUUCCAGCUACCUCCUGGAACGUCUGAAGAUGACCUGGAUUUUACGCCUGCUAUUGGGUUCACAACACCACCCAUGCCCCACCAAGUCUGUGCUCUGCCACGUUCAUAAGACGCAAAGUUCAUGGGUUGCUUAUGCUCCCUGUGUGUGCAAUGCAAACCAUUUUUUAAACACCCUUAUUAAACAUGGACGCAGCUCAAACAGAUAUUCCGGAAAACCAUCCAAAGAUUUUAACGAGAUUUGUGUUAAUUGUAGUGCUUUAGUUCAGCCUAGGAAUUUAAUUUUGAAAGUUCUUUGAUUCUGAUCAGAAAAAAUUACCUACUAACAUUGAAAUCUGUAUUUUUUGUGUCAUUUUAUUGCGUCAUCAUGUGGUUCUAAGUGAAGGGCACUUUAAAAAACAAAGAUUUAAGCGAUGGCUGGUCGAAAAGGAGUAGUACAAACCAGCUGCUUCCCUCCACUCUGAUCAAGAGGCUGAGAUUUUAACUGAGGGCCGCAGGUAUAGCAAGCCUACAGGUAACAAACUAGAUUAAGUCUUUCCAUGUGAAAAGAGCAAUGAUAAAUUUCACUUGUCUUUACAAUUUGCAUCAGGAAUCUGAUUAAGAACAUUAAAAACUUACUCUGCACCCCCUUGCA